AGCACAAAAUCCAUGAUCUCAACAACGAGAAAAUCCUCUUAAAAAAAAUAAUUAAACCCUAACCCUAAAUCCGUCAAAAUUCACGCAAAUGCACCAAUCACAGCAACAACCGCAACAAUCUUCGUUCACAUACCUUCCCCAAUCCUCAAAUCCUAUCCCGAAUCCUCUAUUAUCGUAUCCUCAACCACCACCUACUCAUCCCUCUCAUCAACAAUUUCUGUACCCUCCAGGAACCGACCCCUAUGCCCAUCAGCCUCACUUCGCCUUGACCCAAGAUGGAUUUGAAGUGAACGCUCAGUUUUAUGAGGACCCAAAUGGGGCCUAUCAGAAUUGGAUCUCUGCACACGCUGAUCCCAUUACGUGUGAUCCUAAUGUAGCGGCUUUGAAUUCCAACGGUUGGUUGAAUCAGUCCUCGGCGAAUAAUUUAGUAACCGCUCCAAAUCAAACCGGGCUGAUCCAACCAAUACGAUGUGAUGUUUGCAACAUUGAAUGCAACACAAAAGAUGUUUAUGACAAACACAUUGCGGGAAAGAAGCAUCGAAGGAACUUGCAAGAAAAGAUUAGCUCCAGUAUUGCCUUAUUCCCCGAAUCUUCCAAUGCAUCAAUACUCGGGGAUUCCGGUUUGGUGAAUGCUCAAGAGUUGGAGAGGAAGAAGCAAAAACUUUUAAAUUCCGGGGCAGCUGUUAACUCUGUUCGAAUGUGCACCAUAUGCAACGUUGCUUGUAACAGCUAUGAAGUGUUUGCUAAACAUCUUUCCGGGAGGAGGCAUGCUGCUCAGACUGGACUAAUAGCUGUUGAUGGCAUCGGACCUUAUCUCGCUGCAGUCCGAGCUAAUGAUCACUUUUGGAAUAAAGGCAAGAAGACAACGAAGAUCGUUCAAUCUUCGUGGUGUGAUGUCUGCCAAAUUAACUGCAACAGCAACGAUGCCUAUGCAAAACACGUGUCCGGAAAAAAGCACCUAAAGAACUUGGAGAAUUUAGAAAAAUCAAAGAAUCCUUCCAUGGGUACACCAGCUGGAACAAAUCUGAUGAUUAAACCAGUAGAGAACCCAGCAGUGGCAGCACAGCCCGAAGCAGCAUCAAAAGAGGAUUUGGAGACUAAGAAACGGAAGGUUAUGGAAGGCGGAGCGGCUGCCGCUGCAGUUAGAGUAUGCACCAUCUGCAACGUCGUAUGCAACAGUCAAAAGGUCUUUGAAUUUCAUCUCAGUGGACAGAAGCAUGCCGCCAUGGUGAAGAAGCAAGCCGAUGUCUGAAUAGCAACUGCCACAUAAAGCCAAUGCACGCAGAUUUUGUAUCGGACGUUGCGGUUAUUACUCGGACUUGUGUGUGGCAUUCGAACCGGACCGAGUCUGUUGUCUAAAUUGAACUCUUGCUGUCUGCUGUGUAAAGCGUUGGCCGUUGUCAAUAUAAAUUGGUUGAAGUUGCAUAGCCUAAGAAAUUGUAUAAGAGAUUUACAAGGACAAUGUAUAUGCAGCAUGUAACGUUUUUUA